GGCCAGCGCGGCCGGGGCGCCGUCCCAGGGCGGGAUUGCCCGGCCCCGGCCCCGGCCCCGGCCCCGAGCUCCCCAUGAAAAACCAGCUCCGCGGGCCCCCAGUGCGGGUGCACAUGUCGGCUUCGGGGGCGGCGGCGGCUGGGGGCACCCGGGCGGGUUCGGAGCCCGGUUCGGGAUCUGGAUCCGGCGCAGGCAUCGGAGCGGGAGCGACGACGGGAGCGGGGGCCAUGCCCUGCAAGAGCGCCGAGUGGCUGCAGGAGGAGCUGGAGGCGCGCGGUGGCGCGUCCCUGCUGCUGCUGGACUGCCGGCCGCACGAGCUCUUCGAGUCGUCGCACAUCGAGACGGCCAUCAACCUGGCCAUCCCGGGUCUCAUGCUGCGCCGCCUGCGCAAAGGCAACCUGCCCAUCCGCUCCAUCAUUCCCAACCACGCCGACAAGGAGCGCUUCGCCACGCGCUGCAAGGCGGCCACCGUGCUGCUCUACGACGAGGCCACGGCUGAGUGGCAGCCCGAGCCCGGCGCUCCCGCCUCAGUUCUCGGCCUGCUGCUGCAGAAGCUGCGAGACGACGGCUGCCAGGCCUACUACCUCCAAGGUGGUUUCAACAAGUUCCAGACGGAAUACUCGGAGCAUUGUGAGACUAAUGCGGACAGUUCGUCCUCCCCAAGCGGCUCACCACCCACCUCCGUGCUGGGCUUGGGGGGCCUGCGCAUCAGCUCUGACUGCUCAGACGGCGAGUCAGACCGAGAGCUACCCAGCAGUGCCACUGAGUCGGAUGGCAGCCCUGUGCCAUCCAGCCAGCCAGCCUUUCCAGUCCAGAUCCUGCCCUACCUCUACCUCGGCUGUGCCAAGGACUCUACCAACCUGGAUGUACUUGGCAAGUACGGCAUCAAAUAUAUCCUCAAUGUCACGCCCAACCUGCCCAAUGCCUUUGAGCACGGUGGUGAGUUCACCUACAAGCAGAUCCCCAUCUCUGACCACUGGAGCCAGAACCUCUCCCAGUUCUUCCCUGAGGCCAUCAGCUUCAUUGAUGAAGCCCGCUCCAAGAAGUGUGGCGUCUUGGUGCACUGCCUAGCAGGCAUCAGCCGCUCAGUGACAGUUACUGUAGCCUACCUGAUGCAAAAGAUGAACCUGUCCCUCAAUGACGCCUAUGACUUCGUUAAGAGGAAAAAGUCUAACAUCUCGCCCAACUUCAACUUCAUGGGGCAGCUGCUGGACUUUGAGCGGACGCUGGGGCUCAGCAGCCCGUGCGACAACCACACCCCCAGUGGACAGCUCUACUUCUCCACACCCACCAACCAUAACCUGUUCCCGAUCAACACGCUUGAGUCCACGUGAGGCCUGAUGCACCACUGGGCGCAGCCACAGGCUCUCCCAGCCCUCCACAGAGCCUGGUGCGGGGGCCCUAGCCUGCUGCCUCCCUGGCCUGAAGAACCCACAGAUGUCACCUGUGUCCAGAGAAGCAGGCUGAGCAGCGGCUCAGCUCCCAUGCCGUCCUGGGCCGGGCCCACAGCACUUGCCGGAGUGGCUUCAGCUUUCCAGACAUGUGUUGCUGAAGUGGCCGUUGGCCUCAGCUUUCAGACUUGUGGCUUGGGGGCCAGCGUGGCCUUGUCUGUGCCCUAGGACAUCCAUUCUGCUGAUGGCUAGCCAUUCUGGCUAUUUUUAAAGACAUAUCCACAGACCUGAGUUUACUACUUUUGCCAGGUAAAUCCAAGCUCCCUGGAGCAAAGAGUAUUCAAGCUCUUUUUGAUUUUUCUUUUUCUCUUCCUUUUUUUUUUUUUAAACAAAAAGUGUUAUUUUUCAGGCUAAAUGCAACAGUGGAUUGUAUAAACCAAUGUUUUGCCCCUUAAUCUGAGAGAGAGAAAGAUGUUCUCAGUUUCAUUUCUUAUUUCAAAAAGCAGCCAUUGAUGUAUUUCUUCUGUUUUCAGUGAGAAAGACAAACCCCAUGUUCUUGACCAAUGCAUUUUGCACGUGUGGGAAGCCUCUGUUUCCCCAGCAGGCCAUUCUUGAAGGGGGGU